AUGGUAUUCUGGGUCGUCAUAUUGAUUUUCACCGUUGUGGCUUUUGAGGUCCUCGCUUAUAUGAAAUCAAAACCACCCAGCAAGACUGGAUCUAUGGAGAUGCGAAACCGAGUAGGCCAUCAGUACGAUGAUUCAGGAAGAGUGGUCAACAACCCACCGAAGGUUAUCAACAAGAAGCCAUUGUAUGCAACUGCUGCCCUCUACCUACUCUUUGGACUCUUCUCACUUAGCAUUGUGGCUCUCUUACUCAUAAUGCUGGUUGUCUAA